GCUCCGCGCGUUUUCUUCCUUCCUCCCUUCUUCCUUCCUGCAGCCCUUCUGCCGUGAAAAGGAAGAUGAGAAGCCGCGGGAGCAGCCCGCCGACACCGACACCGACACCGACACCGACCCGGAACCGAGUCUGACUUCCAGCGGAAUGGCGGCGGAGCGGCUGCCGAGUCACCGAUGCCCGGGCGCAGCCGCUGUUUCCCGGCCUUGAACCCGUCGCAAGCGUCACUGGAGUCCCGGAGCCUGCCGGGCCGGGCUGGACCGGGCCAAACUAAGCCGUGCUGAGCCGUGCUAACCGUAUCCCGCCCGCCGUGCUAACGAUGCUCAGCUCACGUUAGCUGCAGGACUGAAGUUAGACUGCACCACACCCUGAAACCAGACCCGAUCUUCCGCUGUCCCCCCUUCAGUCGUUGUUGCCGAGCAACAUGGAGCGCUCCGGCAGCGUCCAGCUGGACGUCCCCGACUUCAGCAACUCGGUCCUGACCCACCUGAACCAGCUGCGGGUGCAGGGCCGCCUGUGUGACAUCGUGGUCAACGUGCAGGGCCACAGCUUCCGGGCCCACAAGGUGGUGCUGGCGGCCAGCUCGCCGUACUUCCGGGACCACAUGUCCCUGGGCCAGAUGAGCACGGUGUCCCUGACGGUGAUCCGCAGCCCGCCGGUCUUCGAGCAGCUGCUGGGCUUCUGCUACACGGGCCGCCUGGUCCUGCAGCUCGCCGACAUCAUCAGCUACCUGACGGCCGCCAGCUUCCUGCAGAUGCAGCACAUCAUCGACCGCUGCACCCAGAUCCUGGAGGGGAUCCACCUGAAGAUCAGCCUGGCGGACCUGGAGGCGGAGCCGCGGGACGAGGACCGGGCGCCGCCGCCGCGGGGAGCUAGCUCGCGGAGCAGCCGGACCCUGGAGGCGGUGGUGCGAGCCGGCAGCCUGCGGUUGCUCGGCGCCCGGGGAUCAGAAGCGUGUGAGGCGGUGAGCCCCGGCGAGGAGCCGCUCAGCCCGGGGCCCCCGGCCCUGGGGGGGCCCGGCGCCCCCUCCAGCAGCCGCGCGGACCGGGAGCCCAUCCUGCGCAUCAACCGCGCCGGGCAGUGGUACGUGGAGACGAGCAGCGAGCCGGAGCGCAGCGGCAGCGGCGAGGACGGCGGCGGCGUCAGGAUCAAGACGGAGAGGAUGGAGGAGUGGAUCGGAGCGGGGGAGCACCAGGAGGAGGGGGGGCCGCCGGAGGAGGGGGGGGGUAACAUGGUGAUCGACACGUCGGGACGCAGCACGCAGCUGACGGCGCCGGGCGGAGCGGCGGCGAGCCGCAGCACGCAGCCGUCCUCCAGCUUCAGCGACGCUGACAGGUGA